UUGAUGAUCGGGAGAUAACAAUUAUUCCUUCUACUUUAAGUGUUACAAAUAUCGAGAUCAACCUGUCUAUUGCGGUUCCAAAUAAGACGAUCACUGUGUCGUUUAAUGCUACAUGGGACUUUGGAGGGGUUUCAUUUACUAUCCUAGCAGGCUAUGAUAGUGGGGAAUACGACAUCACUGCACGCCCAGUUACAUCUGAUGUAACCCUUGCCACAUUGUUGGGAAGUGUCGCAAAUGCAGUGGUACCCGGUGAUUCUACUAGUGCAUUAGGUCUUUUCAAUGAACUGAAGUUCAAUAGCAUUGUUGUAAGUGACAUGAGUCUUGUUGCUAAAUUUACAGAUUCUGGCAAUGGGUUCCAAUUCUCCUUUACAUCAACUGUACCUGGUCUUGGUAGUACAAACAUCAUGUUAAACUUCAACAGACUCAAAGAAGGAGGUAAUUUCACAAAUGGAUUUUCAUUGGCUGCCCUGAUGAAAGAACUGACCCUCGCCUCAAUUAUUCAACAUAUUGGGAGCUAUGAUAUAUCUACUGUGCCUUUGAUUGGUAGUUUAGCCUUUCCAGAAGUAGCGAUUAUUGGGGCUUCUAAAGAUAUUCCCGAGCUUAUUGUCAACUUUACCAGUGAUUCUGACGUAAUGUCUUUACUACCAUCAGUCACCGAGGGCAUCACCCUAUUGUUUACUGCAAGAUUUGACGAAGACUCAGACCCGAUGAAUUUCAUGGUUAAAUAUUCUGCUCCUAAGUCAAUUGGCUUUACAAUUUUGCCAGGACCACAGCUUGACAUCGAGGGUAUCAUAAACAAAGUUCUCAACUCGAUCAAUCUUCAGCUUCCACCUGGAUUUCCAUUGGCGGCGUUUCUCAGUCAAAGUCUUUCUAAUAUGAACUAUAACGGUGAUAUCAAUGAGUUAAAUAUUCCAGUGAUACUUGGAGAUGACAUAAUAAUAGUGAAACAUGUGUUCGAGAUAAAAGAACCUCGGAUUAACUUUGUCAUAGGACUAGGAAAACCAAGGACGUUAAGCUUCGUGGCAAGUGGCACGUGGCUGAUAAAGAACUAUCCCAUUGCACUUAGCAUUAGUAAACCACCUGGAGCAUCCGAAUUUUUGGCAUCUGCUUGUUCUGAAAAACCACUAGAAGUUGGUAAAGUCAUGGCACAAUUAGCGUCGUCGUUUUUUCCUGAUUUCGUCGAUAAUAUUUUCGAGACGUUCUCAAUCGAAAAUCCAUGUUUUGAAGUUUUGAUAGGCAGCAAUUUUGGUGUGAGAGUAAGUGGUACUGCAGUUAUAGGUAGUUUUGAUGCUUCGAAGGUAGAAGUAUUAGGAGGAAAGGUAGAUGGGGCUAUGCUUAUGGCUUUAGGCAUUGUACUUGAAAAGACUAGACUCACUAGCGUUAUAGAUAAACUCACUAAGGGUAACGUUGACAUAACGUCAAUGCCAGGUAGUAGGAUAUUUGACGAAAGCUCUAUCGGACUCGUAAUGUCAACUUAUGAAAUACCAACCAUGGGAAGGAGUGAAUUAGAAUUCAGACUCACAAUGUUGAGCAACACCAAUACAUUAGAUGGUGUAUCGAUUGUUGUCCAUAUGAAACUCCCAGUUGCCGCAGACUGUUCGGGUGAUUUCCUCUGUCGAGUUUUUAACAAGUUCUUUCCUAAUCUCUCUAUGGUUAUGAAGGGGCGACUUGCAAUUGAUGACCUCCUACUCGAGUCGACGAUUCCUAAAGAAAUAGAGAUUGCUCCAGGAUUUAUGCUGUCUGGUUUAGGGUUUAGAAUCAUUGUAAGACCAUCUAUGAUAGAGGUAGCCCUGAUAGCUAGUCUGAUAAUAGAUGAUCCUGCUUUACGUUUCUCUGGUGCGAUUGGGUUUUCAACUACAGGGGCAACAUUGGAGAUGGCAAUGGUGGAGUGUUGGCCUAAACCAUUCACUAUUCCGAUUGUAACUAUAUGUGACCUAUUUAUUAAAAUAGGCAUACUACCUGAACCCACCGUCAUCUCUGAGUUGCAUCUAGGGGGCCGUGCUCAAAUCGGUUUGAUUGACAACUCCAAAGCAAGACUCUUCAAUGCAUCUUUGUUUAUCGGCCUCAACAAAAUUGUCCCUUCUGAAAGUUAUUUCUUAGGAAAAAUUUCUAAAUUAACGAUCCCCGAAAUAUUAGCUGCAUUUGCGUAUUUCCCGAGUCUGCCAAAGGCUUUAGAUGAGAUAGGUUUUCCAGAUGGUAUUGAUACAUCAUACUCCCAGUUUGGUAAAGUGUUACCGAAUGGUGUAACAAUACCCAGUGGGUUUAGAUUUAACGGCACAAUACAAAUAAUGCGCUUUAGAGUUAGUAGUAGAAUGCGCAUGGACAUUAAUGGUAUAUUCAUAUUUCUGACAGUAGAUCGGUUUAACAUUGGCAAUGAUCUAAUCAGUGUUGAUGGUGAUGGUGAAUCUGGUCCAGAAUUGUUAGUUGACGUUGGGUGGAAUCCACCUAGAGCCAAGAUUGAUAUUCAGGGGAAAGUUUGUGUGCUUAAAAUAUGUGCGUCUGUUAAUAUAACAGUCGAUUCACAAGGUAUUCACUUUGAAAUAGGGGGUGAAUUCUUAGAUCUCUUUAAAGCCAAACUUACGCUUACUGCUAGUUACACAUCAUUAGAUUCUGCAACGUUUAGUGUAUCGGGAUACUUUGAGCAAACACUCUUGGAUACCUUGAAGAAUAAGGUGAUCGAUGCCAUUGAUAAUUUAAGUGAGGAGGCAAGUGAGGCCCUCGAUACAGCCACUAAAGAACUUGAAUCAGCUAAACAAAGUAUGGAAAAUGCAGCUGAAGAUCUGCGAGCCAAGAAAGCUAUUGUAAGAACGCUUGUUUCAGCCAAUGCUACUUUUUAUUUAUAACAUUACGAUUAAAUAACUUGUUUUUAUUAUAA